AUGGAUGCGAUCAAGACCCUCGACGAAGACGACCUGGAUAUCGAGCCGGAUCAAUUCUUAGCGGACUUACCCGAUACAGGCCGCGUUGAGGAAGCAUCUACCGCCAUUCCUUCAUCCAUUUUGCAGCCUACUCCAUCCAUAUCGUCCGCCGGAGAGCCACAGGAACGACGAGCGCAAGUGGGAGCCAGUCCGUACUUGGCUCCAUUCACGCCCAGUGGAUCACCGCCUCGACCUAAAACUCCUUCUACCGCUAGCGGACGCUCAGUAAACAGCAGUAGUCGUGCUGCAAAGCCACAGAUCGUCCCAGUAAGUCGAAGUGUCGGAGCUGGAGCCUUCGGAGCAAGCUCGUUACUACCAAAAGACGAUGUCGUAAAGCAUUUGCCACCUAAAUUAGUGGAGACGCUGGCGGACAUCAUCAGAACGUUAGAUCAAUUAGCGGAUGGCGUUGCAGAUUUUCGUCCAGAGCAAUUAGGAUUUCUAAGUGAUAAGGCUCAACGUUACGUGGAGCUUUUACAACAAGCGGACAAAGCGGCGGUCGAUUAUAGCGCUGAUAUUCCAUUGGAAGUGCUGAAAAUGAUUGAAAAAGGAAUGAAUCCCGAGCUUUUUACAAAAUCUCAAUUGGAUAAAUGCCAAGAAGAGAGCACUCAAGCAGCGGGUCGAGUUGAGACAUUUGAGCUGUUAAAAGGUGCAUUGCAGAGCGGAUUGAACGAGCUCAAGUAA